UCUUUACCGAGCAAGUGAUGAAGUCAGUAGCCAAUUAUUAUUUUGCCAAUUCCGUGAAAAGUUGCCAUUACUUAUACAGUGUGUGCCAGAAAUAGGAACAAAUAAGUUCACUCUACAGAUUGUUUCUCAACUGAUAAAAGAGAAGCCAUCUUGGUGUGUUGCUCAUAUUGCUGCUCACCUAGGUUAUGUUGAAUGUUUCAAGAAUACUGUUGUUCAGAGCCAAGUGAAUAUUAUUUGUGAAGACAUGUUAAUGACGCCUCUACAUGUAGCUGUCAAGGCACAACAAUUAGGCUCUGUUGUAGCAUUGAUGGAUUUAGAUGUUUUAAUGGAUAAAACAGACAUGAAUGGUGAAACAGUAUUUCAUUAUGCAGCUACAACAACCAAAGACAUCAUUCAAGCUUUGACCAAGAAACCUGUUCAUAGUGUUAUAAAUACGUUCAAUACCAAAGGUUGUACACCAUUUCAUUUGGCAUGCAUGGCUGAUAAAACGGAUUGUGUGAUGGAGUUUCUAAAAGCUGGAGUAGAUGUUAACCUCUGCUGUGGCGUGAAUUUUCCUGACAAAAAAUUUUCUUCCAAUUGUGAUUCUCCUUCUAGAUCAAUGAAAGAAGUGUUAGACACUUAUAGUAAUAGAUUUUUCAACAGUGAUAUAAAAGGUGGUGGAACACCUCUUCAUUGGGCCAAAACACCUGAGCUCACUGAAGUGUUGAUUGAACAUGGAUGCAACGUAAAUGCUAAAAAUUUUCAAGGUGACACUGCUCUUCAUGUGAUGGUUAGACGAAAUCGUUUGUCUUGUGCUGUCAUGCUAUUAAGUCAUCAAGCAGAUGCAAAUAUUCAAAACUCAGAGGGUAACACACCUCUGCAUUUGGCAGUAAAAAGUGGAGAUUUGUCGCUAGUCCAAACUUUUAUUGCAUUUGAUGCUGAUGUAGACUUACUAAACAAUCAUAGUGAAUCACCUCGUCAUAUAGCUGCCACUGAAAAGAAGUGUGCCCUUGGGGAAAUUCUUUACGCUUUACACAUCAUUGGAGCAAGUCGCUGUUCUGCUCCCAUGCAUUCAUGCAAUGAUGGUUGCAACAUUAAUGGACAAUUUAAUGGGAUUCCACCGGAAAACUGUGCUUUUUCGAAAAUGACUGAAACAAUGUUUGAAGAAAUCCUGCUUUCAAAUGGAGUGGUUCCUAAUUUCCAAAGUACUGUCUCAAGUCCUAGCAAAAUGGACUGCCAAGAGAAUCAUUCUAGAAACCUCAGAGUACUUUCGCUAGAUGGCGGGGGCAUUCGAGGAAUGGUUCUCAUUCAAAUGUUGGAUGAAUUGGAGAGAAUAUUAGGACAACCCAUUGCUAAUUUUUUUGACCUUGUGGCUGGUACAAGUACUGGAGGUAUCUUAGCCUUGGUUUUAGCCACUGGAAAAUCCAUGAAAGACUGCAGAUGUCUGUAUUUUCGACUUAAAGACAAAGUGUUUGUUGGUGUCAGACCUUAUGAUGCAGAUUUAUUAGAAACGUUUUUGAAAAAUGAAUUAGGUGAAUCAACAGUGAUGGGUGAUAUAGAAAAGCCACGUGUUAUGGUUACUGCAACAAGAGGUGAUAGAAAGCCAGCUGAUUUACACAUUUUUCGUAACUACAAAUCUCCCUUAGAAUUAUUAAAUCAUGUUGAAAAAGAUGUUCUUACUAAUGAAGUGCUUCAAAAUCCAAAAGAGCAAUUGAUAUGGAGAGCUGCUAGGGCAACUGGUGCUGCACCAACCUAUUUCCGUCCUUCUGGGCCUUACAUUGAUGGUGGUCUCAUAUCAAACAAUCCAACUUUGGAUGCACUCACAGAAAUACACCAGUGCAAUCAAGCUCUCUCAGCCACAGGUCAGGAAGACCAGGUAUGCAAGAUUAAGGUGGUUGUUUCUUUGGGGACUGGAAGACCCCCACUUGUGCCUGUGAACACCAUUGAUGUCUUCCGUCCCGAUACCUUGUGGGGUGCCUGCAGAAUGGCUCUAGGUGUAACAAACUUAGGGCAGCUUCUAGUAGAUCAGGCAACUCAAACUGAUGGACGAGUAACUGCUCGCGCACAAGCUGUUUGUGGUAUGCUAAAUAUUCCCUAUAUUCGUUUAUGUCCUCAACUCUCUGAAAAUGUCGCUCUUGAUGAAACAAAUACAAAGACUCUAGUGAAAAUGCUUUGGGAGACAACAGCCUACAUGCGGUGUAUGAAACAAGAAUUAGUGCAACUACGAAAUUUAUUAGUGCCAUGAUUUAAAAGAAACAUAGUAUAUUUUUCAUUACUGUCAGGUACUACAUACUUGCUCACUCAAACUUUAAAGCUUGGACUUAGGGUUACGUUUUACCAAACGCAAGUUAAAAGUUGAUAAUUGAUGAUAAUAGUGAGAAUUAAUUAAUGUUACUCUUUUAAAAUGUAAUAUAUACUUCUUUUUUUAUUUAAACUGUAUUGUAUUUUGAUGUAUAUGUAGUAAAAAGAAAUCUUAAGAUUAUUAUGUUUUAAAUUUAUAGAUGAAUAAAAGAUGUUUUUUCACUCCAAAUGAGUAGCUGACCGUUUGUAAAGUAUAUGAAAUAUUUAUUACUACAUUUUCUUCAGAAGAAUCAUUUUAAAUUACAUAAUUAUUGUAGCUAUAAAAAAAAAAGUUUGAUAAUUACCAUUGGACUGACCAAGCAUUUUGCAUUUCAGCAAGUUUGUAUAGAAAUGUAUCCUUAAUACAUAACUUUUUCGUUGAAUAAUAAGGAGGAAAAUUGAUUUUGAGAAGGUAGAACAACGGGUAAAAAACUGUUUAUAAGGGUCACAGGUGUUCUUUGAAUUUAUUUUGUUUGGAGAUUUUAUCUGUGUAAUUGCUGUGAUACACAUAUAGCAUUGGCAAUAUUUAUCUACUAAAGUCAAUUUUUGAUUAUUUUGAAUUGGAACACAUUUAUAUAUUAGGAUUGAUUACUAAACUAUUCUGAAAACUCCAUUCUAUUUUAUGAAUAAUUAGAAAACAUUUGAAAAAAAAUUUUCAAUAAAAAUUCCAUUAUUUUAUUGUAAGUAGCCCCUUGUUUUUAAUUCUUUAUUAUUUUCAAGCAUAAAUUUUCUUUGUUUUGAUUUCGAAAUGAAAUUUCUUAUAAAAAAUUAUUUAUCAUUUUAUUUAUUAUAAAUAUUAUUUUUUGACCAACUGUUGUUUUCUCUCUCUCUUUUUGAAGACAAUUCAUGUGAAUUACUUCUGCAAUGUGCAAUCUACUUUUCAUAUUUUCAAAUUUAUAAGAGUGCAGCCAACUACGUAUUUGCUAAAAAUAUGUUUAAAAUGACUAGAAAUGUGAUGCCAAAGUCAAAAAUGAAACUUAUCUAUCCUCCUAUUUUUAUGAAAUAAUUAUUAUUUUUAUUUAUUUUAUUUACUUAUUUUUGUGAUACUAAAUUUUACUAAUUACCAAUUUAAUAACCUAUCAUUUUUUUCGCAGCUAAGUUCUGAAUAUGCUGUAUUUUAGUAAUCUGAUUUUAAAAAUAAUUAUCUGACUUUCUGUAAUCUGUAUUUUGUAUCAUUCUGCAAUUCAUAUAUUAUGUCAUUAUUUUUUCUAUGAUGCUUUAAGAACAUUUUGCAGCAGGUAUUUAUUAGUUUGUUAUUGCUGUUUUUGUUUGAUAAAAUUUUAAUUUUACUGGUUGAAAUGUAAUUACUGCAUUUGUAAUAUUGUUUUAGGCCUUUAGUUUCAACUCUUUCACCAAAUUGUUCUUUUUUUGUGUAUUUAAAGUCGAAUAGCUUAUUAAUAUACAGAAAGAGUUUUAUUUCAAUUUGAGAGUAUACAGGGUAUCCGCGCACCUGGAAAGUCAUGAAUUUCGGUAUUGAACACAAUUUGUCAUGAAAUGUCAUGAUUUUUACUAUUUUUUAAAUAAAAUCAUGGAAAGUCAUGGAUUUAGGUCUCUGAAAAAUCUAAUUUUUAAAAUGGAAUCUCCCUCCCCCCAAUUUCAUCCUGUUCCAAAUAUCUGAAUUUCUAACAAAAUCACCACUCAGUCAUAUUUUAUUUGAAUAUAAAAUGAUUUUAUCAUGUUCUUUAAAAAUUAUGGUGUUCUUU